GGAGCAAAGGGCGGCAGGAUCCGACCACCACCUCCCCGGGGAGAUCCCGACUGUGAAGGGGUCACUGACAGCGGCCGUGGGGAGGAGGAGGGCAAGCCCAGGCUGAAGGGGGCGAUGGCAGCCACCGCGGUGACUGACUCCGGGGGGGUGAGGAUCAUCACGGAGGUCAUCCCGGCCACAGAUCCCCGAGCUGCCCAGCUGGCCUCUGGCUCCAGGCCGCCUGCACCCACCACAUCCUCGUUUCAAGUCCAAGGCUUCAGGAGGGCUCAGCCCAAGGCGCUGGGGACCAUCCACAUCUUCACCGGGAUCAUCCACAUCUGCUUCGGGAUCAUCCUGACGGUGUCAGAGUACGAGACCCCUUCCCUCCCCGUGGCCAGCGGGAUCCUCUUCUGGCUUGGGCUCCUGCUCCUGGUCUCAGGCUCGCUGCUGGUGGAAAGUGACAAAAGAGAUAACAUCUCACUGGUGAAGAGCUGCUGCAUCGUCAAUGCGGGGGUCAUCCUGAGCACACUGGUGGCCACCCUGCUCCACACCACGGCCAUCACGCGCGACAUCCCCGGCUGCCAGAUCAACAUGCCAUACCAGAUGCUGAGCAACGGGCUGGAUUCCGUGUUCGUUAUCUUCUGUCUCCUGGAGUUCUGCGUGGCGGUGGCGGCUUUGGCCUUCGGAUACGAUGCCAUCAAGCAGCACAACUACACGCGUAUG